AGGGGUAGGGAGGAUAUGCUGAAGUAAAGGCUGGUCGCAGUGCUGAUGGACAAACUGGUACCUGUUGAAGCAAACUCUUGAGACACAGACCUUCUAUCCUGGGGAAUUCACCGUCCUAACUGCGGCUCGGAGCUAUUCCGAAAUCCAUCAGGACACGACAGGAUGACGUUGAGAAAGCAGAUAGGAGCUGGUUGUUCAUUACAAGGCUUUGCAAGUUGGCACUAAAUGAGAUGUCAGUCAUUAGGGUCAGAGCUGAACACUAUAUGCAUUCCCCAAGUGGACCAAAACAAAUGGGAUCACCAUUUGGUCUAUUUACACCGAUUGUUAACACUAAGCAGAGAUGUCCUGAAUUAGCUGACAGUGGGAGCAAUGGGAAAAAAAUUGGCUCUUCCAGGAAUGCAGUUUGUUCUUGGAAACGGUCCAGUGGGAUCGCACCUGGGAGCGAUGGCCAUCGUAGCGGAAAAGCCAAAAAAAACCACCAGGAGAGCCAAGAGCAUGAAGAGGUGUCUGGCUUCAGUCAGUGCCCAGUCGGAACUGAGCACUGAGGCCGGGAGCGCGAGAAGCAACGUGAAGAAGAAUCGAUACAAAGACAUCCUGCCAUACGACCAGACGAGAGUGCCUCUGACGCUGCUCAUGCACGAAGGGUAUUCCGACUACAUCAACGCCAACUUCAUCCGGGUAAGGCCCAGCACUGUGCACACGCCUGCUCCCCAUCUGGAUAUCCAGGGAGGAGGUUAAUCCCGAUUUAAACUCUGAGGGGACGUAAUGUUGUGGGAAUCUGUGGUGGCAUCCAACCUGGUGAAGGGUAAGGGGGUGAGCAGUAGGUGACAAGACCCACUGAGUCCUCUCUGUCAUUUAGAGGAGGUCACAGUGCAAGGCACUGCGGUCUCAGCCUCACUCUGCCCCAGGCCCAAUUCACUCCAUAUUCAACGGCAAAAGUACGAA